AUGUGUAUAAGAGACAGGGUCGAGUCAAGCACUGGAAUAGCUGGUGAGAAUGUGUUUGAAGACAUCGUUACGAAGUACGGAGGACGAAUUUUGAGGAGAUACAAACACAUCUUUAAAGGCGUUUCAUUGGAGCUGAAAUCAAAAGCUUUGGAUAAGAUUCGAAGACUUGCGAUAGUCGACUUUAUUGAAGAGGACGGCGUGGCUACCAUCGAUUCUGUGGCCUCGUGGGGUUUGGAUAGGAUUGAUCAAGAGCAACUCCCAAUUGAUGGUGUCUACCAGCACAACCUUGGCGAUGGAAAAAAUGUCCAUGUGUAUAUAUUAGACACUGGCUUGAAUGCUGCCCACGAAGACUUUGAAGGCCGUGCAAGCAUAACUACAGAAAUGGACAUGUACGGAGGAACAGGAGAUGAUUGUCAAGGCCACGGUACCCACUGCGCGGGUACGGUGGGAAGCAAGACAUAUGGAGUGGCACCUGGAGUACAGUUGUAUGGUGUUAGAGUUCUGAAAUGUAAUGGUGCAGGUUCAUAUUCUGUCAUCAUGCAAGGAAUGGAUUGGGUUGCAAAGAAUCACCAAUCGCCGGCAGUGGCAUCAAUUUCAAUUGGUGGAAGUUACUCACGAUUAAUGAACGAAGCAGCAAAUGCGCUAGUCAAAGCAGGUGUCACUGUCGUUGUAGCGGCGGGCAAUGACAACACAGACGCUUGCAAUAGAUCUCCAGCAAGUUCCGGUGAUGUUAUAACUGUAGCAGCCUCGAAUAAAAAUGAUAACAAACCAACUUGGUCCAAUUAUGGGGAAUGUGUUAACAUCUUUGCACCAGGCGCGGGAAUACCAUCCACGUAUAUCGGUAGCACGACAGCUAUGAAAACCAGUAGCGGAACAUCAAUGGCUACUCCACAUGUUGCAGGGGUGGCAGCUCUGAUUCUUGGACAAGACUCAACAUUGACGCCGGCCGAUGUGAAAUCUCGUAUUGAGGAUGCGGCUACUAAAGAUAUGUUGGUGGAUCUUGAUUCAGCACAGAAAUCACCAAACCUUCUUCUUUGUAUUCCAAAGGACAAGCCUACGCCUCUUCCAAAAAUAAAUAUUUUGUGAGCUUUGUGUCAUGCUAAACCGCCUUAAUUACGAUGACGUCAAAAGUAUUGCGAUUUGCAAAUUUAUUAAACAUUGAUGAGUAGUAAUGUGAAUGUGUCGUUUGGUUUAUUAAAUUCAUUCUAAAAUAA